AUGGUUCAGCCGAACAUCGUCAUCGCGCUGAUUCUCAUCAUCUUAAUGGUCAUUUUUUCCAUCGCGAUUGUUGUGGUAUGCCGUAAUGCUGGAUUGAAUCGCUAUGAUACUUUGUACGAUGAGGAGAGCAUGAGUGGUCCUCCGUCUCAUUUACCAGGACCCAAACCCACCACACCUUAUGCCACUCAUUUUCGACCACACGGUACUGUUGUUGCAGAGCAAAGUUCCCUUCCGCAUGGGUUGAUUGGACAUCCUCCGUCUAAACCAUCGAAACCGUCGAAACCUGGAUCAUACGGCCCACUACAGGAUGACCACGGUGAAACGCAGGCUUCUGUUGAUAGUAGGGACACAUAA